UGAGUGACAUUUGUGUUUGGUUUCCUUUUUCUUUGCUAUGGAGAAACAAGAAGACGUGAGGGAGAAGGAAUGGUUAGAUGGGUGUCAUAUAUGCGCAAACGUAACGGGUCUCAAGAACCAACGCCGUCUUUCUUGCAUUUCAGUCAUCGGCGUCCACAAGUCCAUACGUUGUGUCUUCAAACAUCCUUUAUUCACUGCAUCGGCCCUUCUCUCGUGCAAACCCAAAGCUAUCACACUCCUAGUGCGAACUCCUUGUGGAUAUCUACGGCUUGUCCAAGCUGUUCCCGGAUUGAGAUACAACUAGAUUCAUUAUCAUCGCAACACUUGAGGGAGAAGGACCCGCCGCCGUAUUUGUCUGCUUUGCUUGCGUUACCACCAGAGCCAGACCAUACUUGCCAGUUACCACACCUUGUCGUACGCCUCCUACAUGCGCUCCUGUAUGAUCUGGGUGAUUUUUGGUCCAGUUUUAUUUCCGUUUCCCCGAGUAGGGGGACGUCUCGUUGCUUGAUGGCCAUGCAUGGUUUCUGUUGCACCUAUUAUGUCACUCGCUUUGGAUCCUACUUGCGCAAUUUCCACUUCUCGACUCGCUAGCUUUUCUGUACGGUCAAUUGCCAGACGGGCGAGGAGUUUGAAUUGCUCCUCUCGGUUUUGGUACUCGACACGUUCUUGAAAUAACGACGUGUUCUGGUGCUCGCUCGAUUUCCGUCUCGCGCGGAAUGUCUCCAUCCCUCACGAUCCCUUUCAGUCCUUGGGGGAUCAGGACGCCCAUGCGUUUCCACUUGCACGUAACGACUUAGAUUUCAUCUAAUGAAAACACGAGCGGGUGAAAUUGCAAUCCUCACGCAGUAUCGAACGUGGAUUGCAUCACCCUGACCAAAGAAACACAACUCGAAGGACGCCGGAAAUGACGCAGAGGAAUGCUACUGCGAAUGACACGGACGCUCUUGCAACCUCGUUGACGUGCGCGAUUCGGGCCCAAUUUUUGUAGUAUCUCCAUAUGACUUCUAUUCUUUCUAUAUUCCGACUUUAAGCAUGCUCACAAUUUAACUACUCUU